AUGCGCGCUUUUACAUUGCCAGCCGCAUGGAUCUUGGUGCUCGCUUUGCUAUCGUGCCUUGCCAUUGGGCCAAAAGCAGUAUCAGCCGUCCCAGCCGUGCGCAACAUCGCUCUAGAGAAUGGCAUCAUACCCUGCCCAUCCGGUCGUCACCUCACCAUCCUCCCCGUGGAUAACUCUGACGGCGUCACGCUCGGCCAGCUCGCGAUUGAGAGCGAUGUUGUCCCGCCACCCACGUACACAUACACCCUCGAGCUCGACCUUCCGGACAACUCGGUCGUCAUUACCACCGAUGGGCUCGUGCAACUCAACAGCCCUGGUGGUCUGGGUCCAGACAAGGCUGUCGGCUUCAAGGCAAAGGCGUCCCCCGUCCAACCGGCAUCCGUAGGAGAUCUCUCGCAGUUCUUCCUCGUGCAAAUGAUCUAG